AGUCCCCUGCUUCGGGAUGCAUUUAAGCAGGCGCAAUGGUAAUUAGGGUUUCCUCCAUCAUCAGCAGACGCGCCGAGACCCCAAGCAGCUCCAGCGACCCUCCUUCGCCUCACCAUGGUCCUCAAGACUGAACUCUGCCGCUUUAGCGGUGCCAAGAUUUACCCCGGCAAGGGAAUCAGGUUCAUUCGCUCGGAUUCCCAGGUUUUCCUGUUUGCCAAUUCUAAAUGCAAGAGGUACUUCCACAACCGUCUGAAGCCUUCGAAGCUUACAUGGACAGCCAUGUACAGGAAGCAACACAAGAAGGAUAUCGCCGCUGAGGCUGUGAAGAAGAAGCGCCGUGCCACUAAGAAGCCUUACUCGAGGUCUAUUGUUGGUGCUACCUUGGAAGUCAUUCAGAAGAAAAGGACUGAGAAGCCAGAAGUCCGUGAUGCUGCACGUGAGGCUGCUCUCAGGGAAAUCAAGGAAAGAAUCAAGAAGACAAAGGAUGAGAAGAAGGCAAAGAAAGCUGAGACGGUGGCCAAGUCGCAAAAGACCCAAUCCAAGGGGAACAUGCCUAAGGGUGCUGUGCCAAAGGGCCCCAAGCUCGGAGGUGGCGGUGGAAAACGAUAAAUUCGUUUGCCCUGCUUUCUUGUAAUCCGGUACCAUCCGGCAUCUACAGUUUAGAUAAUUUGUUUCAAUUUCUGUUUGGACCAACUCACAUAUUUUACCAAGGAUCUUUUGUCAGAUUCAGUUUGAUUUUGUUUAAUGCAUAUCAGUUCGGAGUUUGUUGAUCA